AUGUUACAACCAGUGGAUCAGAAUGUUAUUUGGUCUUUCAAAUAUUCGUUUCGCAAUAAUUUACUGAAAUACGUUUUGUCUUUGAUCAAAGAUGAGCAAAUUAGCAUGAAAUCCGAAGUGGAUAUUCUCAUAGGCAUGCAUUUGAUCAAGAAAGCUUGGGUGUCAGUGCAUUCGCACGUGCUGAUCGACGCUUUCAUAAAAGCUGGGUUCAAACCCACAUUUAAUCAACCUCUGAUGCGGCCACCAGAAGAUAAUUGCGAUCUGAUUGAAAACUUUACUCACUAUAUGUCUAUUGAUGAACGUCUUUUUGAAAAAGAAAUCACCUCGUUUCGAAUCAAGCCAAGCACCGCAAUGAAGAAGACGAAUGUGAAGCAGUGA